GAAAAUCCUCAGACCGCUAAUGAAAGUCAUGAAAAAUGGAAAGAGGCUAAUGUUGUUCUGUCAUUUGCAAGGACAAGCCGGGAACGACAAGCAGGUCUCCUGAUAUCAGUAGUGGGGAAGCUACUGGAGAGGAUUCUGAGUCACGAUGUACCAGCAUUUGAAUAGCCAGAGUCUGGUUAGGUGUCGAAAGGCUUUGUGCAUAGGGAGUUGUGGUUUGAAAAUCUCUGAGUUUUUGAUAAAAAUAUGUGUUAUUAUAUGGACCUUGGAAAAGUCUCACAUGGCAGCCUGGUCUGGAAGGUUAGGCCCCAUUGUAUACAGGAUGAGCUAGUCAGCUGGAUUCAAAGUUGUCUGGGAGGUCGGAAGCAGAGAGUUGUGCUUGAAGGUUCUUUCACAGAAUGGAGGCUGGUGAUUAGUGGUGAGCCGCAGGGGCCGGAGUUGGGAGCCUCGGCAUUCAUUAUUUAUAUAAAUGAUUUGUUCAUGUUCUUGACAGUGAAGACGGUGGUCGCAGGUUAAAGAGGGAUCUUGAUCGGUUGGGUAGGAGGGCCGCAGCGUGGCAAAUGCAUUUCAAUAUAAAUAGUGAGAGGCGGUGCAUAUUCGAAAAUCAAACCAGUGUAGAAUUUACACAAUGAAUGAUCGGUCAUUACGGAGUGCACUGGACAGGAUAGAUUUAGGGGUAAAGUGUACAAGCAGUUCAUUGAAGUAGUCUCACUGGCAGACAGGCUGGUGCAGAACGGAGUUUAACAUGCUGGCACGAACACACAAGGAAAUGUGCAGGUGCUGGAAAUUCAAGCAACACACACAAAAUGCUGCCUGGCCUGCCGCGUUCCACCAGCAUUCUGUGUGUCUGACAUGCUGGUCUUCACUAGUCACGGAAUUGAGUAUAUCCUUUUGUACAUUAUGUUACAGUGGUGUAAAUGAUUGGAGGCCACAGUGAAGGUGCAGAUGUGAACAUUGUGUAAGCAUCAACCCAAGAGAUUCUGGGAAUCGCGAACAACGCGGAGAAAAUGCUGGAGGAACCCAACAAGUCAGGCAGCAUCUCCCACCAGAGUCCUGAUGAAGGGUCUCAGCCCGAAAUGUCGACUGUUUAUUCCCACCACAGAUGCUGCCUGACUUGCUGAUUCAGAGAGUGCUUUAAAGGGGCGGGCGGCUUAGACCAGUGUCACUGUGUUUGUGGGUCCGAACAUAUCGCCGGAUGUCCCAGCGCUCCCUGAAGGAAAUGAAAACAUUUUUCUGUUACGGACUCUCCUCACUCCCCAGCUCAGUCCUGAAGACGGAAUUAACCGUGGAGUUUUAAUUAGUUUAAAUAUUUCAGCCGAAAAGCAGAGAACAAGUCAAAGAUCCGGAAAAAGAACAUGGGCAUUGCAGUAACGAAACUGGUUAAAAUAAUAAGUGUUGCCUUUAAUGCCGAUUAAACUUUCCUUCCAGCGAACAUUCCGGCCUCAGUGACGGACGGGGACUAGUCCGAGUGUCCGCAGUGUCCGAUUUUAAUUAGAAUCAGCGAGUUUUUGAGGAGGGAGAAACACAGAAAAAUGAAGCUGCCUGGAGCUGAAAGCAGGAUGUCUCCGCCCAGUCCGCUCGCUGCCUUUAAACUGCUCUGUGCCGCCGCCUUUCGCUUCAUUUCUCAUUCAGUUCUGAUUGUGAGAAGGAUUUAUCAGAGUCGCCGACAUGACCGAGACAGCACUCGCCGAAACGGCUCCUCCAGCCGCAUCCGCCGCCGCAAAGAAGACUCCCAAGAAGAAGGCGGCUGCCCGGAGCAAACCAACCGGUCCCACGCUGGGCGAACAGAUCGAUAAGAUCGUGGCGGGUUGUCGCGAUAGGAAGGGUAUGUCCUACGCGGCCAUCAUUAAGGCUCUGGCCGUCAGCGGUGUCGAUCUGGUGAAACGUCGCCCCCAGAUCAAGAUGGGCAUCAAGAGGAAACUGGAAAGCGGCUCCUUGGUUCAGGUUAAGGGCUCGGGUGUUUCGGGAUCCUUUAAAUCCGGUAAAGGGAAAACUGCCGUGAAGGUGGUGAAGAAGGCGAACAAGCCAUCGGCAAAGAAAUCUGACACCAAGAAAUCUCCCAACAAGAAGCUUGGCGCCAAGAAACUAGCGGCUAAAAAAGUGGGAGGUAAGAAACCAGCGGCUAAAAAAAACGGGAGGUAAGAAACCCGCGGCUAAGAAAC